AUGGCGCCCAUCCGCGUGGGUUUGAUCGGACUGUCCGGUGCCCCGGCCGACAAGUACGAGGGCACCAAUUGGACCUCCCUGGGACACCUGCCCUACUUGACCAAGACUCCGGAUUAUGAGAUCGUCGCGCUGCUGAACAGCUCCGCCGAGAGUGCUCGAGCCGCCGUGCAGAAAUAUAACCUGCCCAGCGAGACGAGGACGUAUGGCGAUCCGGCCGAUCUGGCCAACGACCCCGAAGUCGACCUGGUCGUCUGCAGCGUUCGCGUCGAUCGUCAUUUCCAAACCGUCAAGCCCAGUCUGAUCGCCGGCAAGGCCGUAUACGUCGAGUGGCCGCUCGAUCGCAACGCCGAGGUGGCGCGCGAAAUGACGGCGCUGGCCGCCACACAGAAUGCGAAGACGAUCGUGGGACUGCAGAGCAGCCUGUCACCCAUUCUUCGCAAGGUCCGCGACGUCGUGAAGAGUGGUGCGAUCGGCAGAGUCGUCUCGAGCUGGUACCUGGGAUCCUGCGGCAACGAUCUCGACAAGGAGAGCCACAACGUGAGAUAUUUCCUCGAUAGAGAGGUAGGCGGCAGCCUGAUGAGUAUCCAUGUCGGUCAUGGCAUCGAGAGUGUGACUACGGUUUUGGGCGAGUUCAACUCCUUCAAUAGCUCGAUCGCCAUCACCCGACCGACAGUAGACGUCGUGGAUAUGCGCCCCGAGAGUAACGGCAAGGUGUUUGAAAAAGACGUCGUCAACACCGUUCCAGAUAACAUCUUGAUGUACGGAACCGCCGGCGAGUCCAAUGCUCCCGUCCAGCUCACCCUGCAUGCGGGCAAGGAGUUCCCCGGCACGCCGCGCCUGGACUGGCGUAUUCAGGGCGAGAAGGGCUGGAUCCGAGUGACCUCGCCGUUCCUGUUCUUGAACGUUGGACACCCCGAGACGAAGGUUGAGAUCUACCGCAACGAGACCGGCCAGACGGAGGAGAUCGUGGCCGACCAGGAUGAGUGGGAUGCUCUGCCCACCAUGGCGCAGAAUAUUGCCCGACUAUACGAGGCCUACCGCAAGGAUGAAUGGUAUCCCACUUUCGAAUGGGCCCUGAAGCGGCACGAGGCGAUUGAGGGCAUGUGGAAGAGAUUUGACGCCGCGCAAAGUAAAUAG